GCCCAAUCAAACACGCUGUUGGGUGUCACGUGACCGAAUGCGGAAGUGCGCGCUGUGUUUAUCGAAUGACCCUCAAACAACUGUUAAUAACCAGCUAACUUAGUAUAAUAACCGACACCCAGCCUUCAUUAUGCGAGUUUAACCAGCAGGAUGAUGAGGAGCUUUCUGGAAGUGAGCUGAAGAACCGUCACCAUGACCGUGGUCUGCCUGCUGGACGGCUGCGCGCUGCGUUUGUGCCACAGACCGGGACGUGUGUCCGCCGUCCUGUCCGCGUCCCCGCUGAGGAGCCCGACCUGUAGGCUGAGCUGUAGGCUGAGCUGGAGGCCCGGGCGCAGCCGGAGGUUCUGGUUCUGCAGGGCAGGAUCGUACGCAAACGUCUCGGCCUUCAGCACGUCGACGCGACGCGGGGCAGCCGACCUGAGAUAUCACGCGUCCCGUGUGAGGAGCGUUCUGGACUCAGCCUGGAAAGCAGCGAGAGAGACGCAACUCAAAGCCGAGGAGACCUCGAGCCCGCCUGCUGCUCCGCCCCCCACACUUGUUGCUACGACAACUGAGAUCCAGGAAGAGAAGCUGUGCAGAGUGACCGGAGCAGCCCAGCUCACUACACAACAGGCUCCGCCCUCAGCAAUUGUUGCAACGGCAACUGAGGUCCAGGAAGAGAGGGAGUGUGGAGUAACUGAAACAGCCCCGCCCACUAUACCACAGGCUCCACCCACCAAACAGGCCACGCCCAUCUUCCACCCAGGCUCCCUCAGCAUUUAUCUAGGCGAGACUUACGACUAUGUGUCUCAGCAUAUCAACUCUUACUUCAGCAGCUUAACUAAACCCGGCCCAGAUGUCACCCAGCCCGCGUCCUCUCGCCCGGAAACGCCUCGUGCCCUCUUUCUUCGACCUUCUUUGCGGGAACCCUCUUUCUCUCUCGGAAAAGGACUCGGGAGCUACUUGAACUACUCGCCGCCGAGCGUCCAGGGCUUCAUAGGGAACUACAUUACGCCGCUGGUCCCCCGGUUCAGAACGGAGCCCAAAAGCGCGUCGGUGGAGGCGGAUGAAGCUGCUUCUGAUGAUGCUGAACGCAACAAAACGGUCCAGAGUGAAGAUCAGAGAGCGGCGGAGGAGAGAGCCAGACGCCUGCAGCUCCAGAGAGAGAAGAUCGUGGCGCGGGUGAGCGUGGAUAACCGGACUCGGGCUCUGGUUCAGGCUCUGCGCCGGGCGUCAGACGUGCGGCUCUUCAUCCCUUGGGUGGAGGAUCUCAGUCUCCAUCUGCUGGAGUUCCCAGAAACACGAUCGGUGGCCGUCAAGGAGCGUGUGAUCCCGUGUCUACUGCGUCUGCGUCAGGCCGGUGACGUGUGUCUGCAGUCCGCGGUCCGACAGGCUCUGGCUCUGCUGGGCUUCACUGAGCCCGUGAGGAAGCGCGGCAUCCGGAUCCUGGCCAUCGACGGAGGGGGGACCCGGGGUCUGCUGGCCCUUCAGACUCUGCGCCGCUUACAGGAGCUGUCAGGAAAACCUGUCCAUCAGCUGUUCGACUACAUCUGUGGCGUCAGCACAG